AUGAGUAUACUUCUCCGCAUAUUAACAGCCGAAUUCCGUGCUCUUCGACUACCCCACAGGCCAAUGAGCGGACACGUCAUCUUUGUAAACCUCUUUGGCUGCAGAAAACCCGGCGUCAGCAUCUCUCGAACUGAUCGCGUAACAUCCCUCACGAAGGGGAUUCACAACCUCUCGCUUUCAAUGACUCGACCACUCGGUGGGUUUCUCCGCAAAAUUAAUUUCCGGUCGAUUCCAAGCAACGAUCUCUGUAGUAGAUCGGUUCCCUCUCCCUUACUGCUUCUCUGCUUCACGCCCAAUCCGACGAUAAAACUUCCCCCCCAAGGCAACGAUCCAACUAUCCAUCCAUCACCACGGCGACGAAACCCCGCUUUAAGAAAAGAGAUCCAGACAGACACUGAAGUGAACAAGCCGCUUUACAAAAAAAUACCUAAAUCCACCUCUACACUAAUUUUUAACUCUCUUCACUCCAAAACCGCGUUGGCGUCUCGAAAUAGUACUUUCCGCUACGCAAUCCUCCUAUAUUAUCUGGAGAGCGUUCUGCCUUACCGUCAUAACCAUGGGUCAUAUCAACAUUUUGAAUAUAUCUAUUUUUUGAGAGGGUGUUUUAUCUUCUUAAACCAGGCGGACUGGAUCCUUUGCUAUGAUUACCUGGUGUUCAGGCCAUUCCAGUGCAUGCAUUUGGGGUUAGUGGUUGCCACUUGGGAAUAUGUGAUCUGCACUACCAAUACUUGCUUUGGGAAGGCUAUGAACGUGUGGACAAUCCGUCCACUCUCCGUAUAUCAGUGUACUUCAGCAAUCCGAAAACUGUUUAGUACCUUUGGAAAGGCCUUGUACCUUAGGGUGUUGGAUGAAGAUUCUACACUGUCAGUGAACCUUCGAGCAGUGGGCCAGCCUUUGCAUUCACUAACUCGUCCAAGUGAAUUGAGUAGGACGUCCUCCCCUCUCUGGACGAAUAUCAUUGUGGAGGCGAUACACCUAGAUGCGCGCAAGACACUCAAGGGCGGAUAUGCCCAACUUCUAUCAAAUAACGGUACAGAUCUGCGCGUUACUGAUCUGGACGACCGCGAUGCCUUCAUGGAUGUGGUAGUCCACCCUUCAGAGGAGAGACUGUUCGAGCUCUACUUCCGCUGCAAGAUUCAGAGGGACAAAACGUACUACGUUGCCUUUCUUGGAGAUGGGGUGUAUGUACGGUCUUUAAGCUACUGGAUUAACGAGGUCUAUUUCCGCAAGAAAGCGGACUUCAAAACCAUACAGCGGCUUCUAUGUUGCGGAGCUGCCUUUUCCUUAAAUGUCCUCUCGAAAUUGUUUACAGAUAGCCCAGAUCUACUUAUCUCUAUCGGGAAAAAGGCUUUAAAUUAUGGAGCUCUUCAUGCAUUCCGCAGAUCCCUUGAGCUAGAGCAAGUCCGUAAAAUUUUACAGCCUCGCCUUAAGCUUCAAGAGGGGGAUAUGAAACAGGUUAUCGCUAGGAAAACACACAUGAGAGCGGCAAAUAUGGUAGAGGUGACAAUGGCGGGAGAUAGAACAGGUGCGAGCGGGAUGGAGGCCGAGACGGAAGCAUGUACUGACAUACUUCAAGGUUUGACAUCUCUCUUUGGAGGCUGA